GGUCAUAAAAUUGGCUCGGAACAGUCUAAAAGCCGCUAUGGUUUUAUGUAGCGGUUGGCGUGCGACCGAGGCGGUUAACCGUUUGAGCUGAUCGAGCCGCUCGUCCGGUUUUUGCCACUCAGCCACUUAAUUUAACUAAAAAAAUUGCAGAAAAUUGAAAUAAACCAAAAACGUCGGCCUCUUAAACUGAAUCCUUAUUUCCAUUUCACAAUUUUGAAGGAAAGAGAUGAGCUCUGAUUAAGAAAUGUCCAAUAUUUUUACUGAUAACGUUUAUUAGGUACCGAUUCUUUAACGAUUUUUAAAUGGUCUAAUACCGGUUGGACCACUAAAGUGCAAGCCGUUCGCAUUACCGGGUUAUGUUCCAGUUCGGUUAUGACAACAUUGGGUCUGACUAUCCCGCUACCGCAUAACUUCCCGCUGGGAAGAAUGAUUGCGCCGGAGGAGAUGAAGGCUGCAGUGAUGGCCACGGGUCCGCUCAAAGCCCCGGGCUUGGACGGGCUAAAUCCUAUUUUCUUUCAGAGAUUUUGGGAUCUGGUAUCACCUACUGUGUGUGAUUUCGCAACUAAAUGCUGGGCGGAUCCCAUGACAAAUAAGGAGCUUAAUGUCACAAUAAUUGUCCUCAUACCGAAGGUUCCUCGCCCGGUGCAGAUUAAGCAGUUUCGGCCGAUAAGCUUGUGCAAUGUGGGAUAUAAAAUCAUUACCAAGUGCCUAGCAGAGACUCUCAAGCCGUUGAUGCCCAAACUUGUGCAUGAGACUCAGACGAGUUUUGUGGCAGGAAGGCAUAUACCUAACAAUAUUUGUAUUUUGCAGGAGGUAGUCCAUUCGAUGCGAGCAAAAACAGGACAGAGGGGAUGGAUGGCUAUUAAGGUGUACUUGGCCAAAGCUUAUGAUUGCAUCCGUAGGAGCUUUGUCCAUGAUCCUCUCCAGGCAGUAGGGCUCCCACCCUCAUUCACGGAUCUCACUAUGCAGUGUAUCACUUAUGCUAGAAUGCGUAUCCAGUGGAACGGGGGAUUGACAGACCAGUUUACACCAUCCGGAGGGCUGCGACAAGGCUGCUCGCUCUCCCCGUACAUAUGCGCUCUUUGUAUGGAUAGGCUCAGUCAUAUGAUCCGCGUAGCAGUCGAGGAAGGAGAAUGGAUGCUUCAAACUGGUAGCGGCAGGGCCAAGCUUGUCUCACCUGUUUUUUGCUAAUGAUCUUAUUCUUUUUGGGGUAGCUGGUGACUCGCAGGACCAAGUGAUUAAUGAGACGUUUGCUGUGUUUGGUGAAGCAUCUGGCCAACAAAUCAGCAAGCCAAAGUCAAGAGUUUUCUACUCCAAGAAUGUUCAAAAUAACCUAGCCGCAGCUCUUAGCAAUAGCCUAGGGAUCCGGAAACAAAGAACCUAGGUAGAUACUUGGGCGUCCCGGUGAUUCACAUCGAGUAUCGAAUGAAACCUUCCAGGAGAU